AUGCCAGCAGACUCCGGCAGCCUUCUCCAAACCCCCGAAACUCAUGUCGUUCUUUUACCCAGCUCCCAGAUGGGGCACUUGACACCCAUGCUACGACUUGCCGCUUUAUUGCUUGCCCAAAACCACUGCCCACUGAGGCUCACCCUCAUCACCGCCCACCCCACCGUCUCCCUCGCCGAGUCAGCUCUCAUAUCCCGCUUCCUCUCAGCUUACCACGACCGAGUUACUCACCUCCAGUUCCAUCCACUUCCCAUAGACCCUUCCACCGUGAAUUCCACUGACCCGUUUUGGAUCCAGUUUGAAGUCAUCCGCCGCUCCGCUCACCUCCUAACUCCUUUGCUUUCCACUCUCUCUCCUCCUCCCUCCGCCGUCAUCUACGACAUCAAGGUCGGUCCGAAUCUCCAGAAGCUAAAUGGGGUUCUGAUUUUCACGUUUGAAGCGCUGGAAGCAGAGGGGCUGGAGGCGAUCAGCGGCGGGUCACCUCCAGUUUUCUCUGUCGAGCCUUUCGUAUCCUGCGAAUUUGAGAAGCUGCCUACACAUGGGGAUGGUGAUCGAUGCGGCGGUGAUCCAGUGCAACCGCAGCCGUUGGAGUGGCUUGAUGAACAGCCUGAUGGGUCGGUGGUGUAUGUGGCCUUCGGAAGCAAGACAACUCUGUCAAGUGAGCAGAUCAGAGAGGUGGGAGAUGGCUUGGAGAAAAGCGGGUUCAGGUUCUUGUGGGUGGUGAAGGAGAAGAUGGUUGACAGUGAAGAGAGAUGA